CGCAGUGAGGGCGCAGGGUGCCAAAGACACAGAGCCAGAACGCAAGAGGACAACACUGACUUUUAUUUCUAAAUAGGGAUAAUAACAGAAUAGAAAACGUUUCUCCUUUUUCUUAUAAAUGGAUAUUUAUUUUCUAUUUUUCCAACUUCUCUCCAGACUGGUUUCAUCACCAGCAGCACUGUGCCUCAUCGUAAUGCGCGCUGGAGCUUCUCCGGGACACAUCUGAAAAAACAAGGCAACGGGAGAGAAUAGAAAAGAGCUUUUGCUGUUAUAAAAACUCCUUUAAUAAACCAAAAUGCCUCUCUUUUAAUGGGGCACAUUUCUUCGGACGCCUUACGCUUUUUUUGAGACUUUUACGCAAUUUGGAGACUUUAUCUCCCGACUAAAAUGGGUGAUGGAAAUGGAAAUGUUGUCCAAUAACAGAAAAUAAUAAGGUUUAUAAUAUUUUUUACCCAAGUGCACUUGUUUUUCCGGCGAUGAUUGUGCUUUUGCUUGUCCUGUGCAUCACGGAUGGAGUGCUCGCCCAGAUACGCUACUCUGUGCCGGAGGAGGCGGACCAUGGCAUCUUGGUGGGGAAUAUUGCCGAGGACCUGGGACUGGACCUUACCAAACUGGCCUCCCGCCGCUUCCAGGUGGUGCCCAGCUCUCGGACACCGUACCUGGAGGUGAACCUAGAGAACGGCGUCCUGUUCGUUAACGAAAAGAUCGACCGGGAGCAGAUCUGCAAGCAGAGCGCCAGCUGCCAGCUCAACAUGGAGGUGUUCUUGGAGAACCCGCUUGAGCUGUUUCGGGUCGAAAUUGAGGUGGUAGACAUUAACGACAACCCGCCCAGCUUCCCGGAGACAGACAUCACGGUGGAGAUCUCAGAAAGCGCCGUCCCGGGCACCCGGUUCCCUCUGGAGAGCGCAUUCGACCCGGACGUGGGCUCUAACGCUUUACACACGUAUGAUAUCACCACUAACAACUACUUUUACUUGGAUGUGCAGACCCAAACCGACGGAAACAAGUUCGCAGAGCUGGUCCUGGAAAAGCCUCUGGACCGGGAGCAGCAGGCGGCGCACAGGUACGUGCUGACCGCGGUAGACGGCGGCCAGCCUCCCCGAACUGGCACUGCGCUGCUGGUGGUUAAAGUGCUGGACUCUAAUGAUAACGUGCCGGUGUUUGACCAGCCCGUUUACACGGUGAGCCUCUCGGAGAACGCACCGGUGGGCAUGCUGGUUAUACAGCUGAACGCCACCGACAUGGAUGAAGGACUAAACGGGGAGAUAGUUUAUUCCUUCAGUAACCACAUAUCCAACCGCGUAAAGGACCUUUUCAGCAUAGACCCGCGCACCGGGCGCAUCGAGGUGCGCGGAGAGGUGGAUUUUGAGGAGAGCAGCUUGUAUCAGAUCUUUGUCCAGGCCAAGGACCUGGGGCCAAACGCCGUGGCCGCGCACUGCAAAGUGCUGGUCAAAGUCACCGAUUUAAACGACAAUGCUCCGGAGAUCACCUUCAGCACCGUCACCGAGUCUGUGAGCGAAAAGGCGGCUCCGGGCACCGUCAUCGCGCUGCUCAGUGUGACGGACCGGGACGCAGAGGAGAACGGACAGAUCCACGUGGAAAUCAUCGGUGAUGUUCCGUUUAAAUUAAAAACAUCCUUCAGGAAUUAUUUCACUAUAGUGACUGACGGUCCGUUGAACCGGGAGCAGGCAGACUCUUACUCCAUUACUGUGGUGGCGCGGGAUAAAGGGACGCCCUCUCUUGCCACCAGUAAAUCCAUCCGAGUCCAGGUGUCAGAUGAGAACGACAACCUGCCCACCUUUACGCAGCCCAUAUACGAUGUGUAUGUGACCGAGAAUAACGUGCCGGGGGCCUACAUACACGCUGUGACGGCCCUGGACCCGGACAUCGGGCUGAACGCGCUCAUCAGCUACACCAUAUUAGAGUGUGACAUCCAGGGCAUGUCAGUGAAAACCUAUGUGUCUAUCAAUGAGGAGACGGGCUAUCUGUACGCGCUCAGGUCCUUCGAUUACGAGCAGCUGAAGGAUUUCACAUUCAUGGUGCAGGCCAAAGACGCGGGCACCCCGGAGCUGUCCACCAACUCCACAGUCAAAGUCAUCAUCGUGGACCAGAAUGACAAUGCCCCCCUGGUGCUGGCUCCCUUGGGGAAGAACGGCACAGCCAAAGAGCCUCUGCCGCGAACCGCUGAACCGGGCUACCUGGUGACCCGCAUCGUGGCCAUGGAUGCUGAUGACGGAGAGAAUGCCCGUUUAUCCUACAGCAUCCAGAGGGGGAACGAAAAUGGUAUGUUCCGGAUGGACUGGAGGACAGGUGAGCUCCGCACGGCGAGGCGGGUGUCUGCCAAACGAGACCCCCACCAGCUGUACGACCUGCUGAUCGAGGUGCGGGACCACGGCCAGCCGCCGCUGUCCUCCAGCGCCAGCCUGCUGGUGAUGCUGGUGGACAGCAUGGCUGAAGGCCGCGGCGUAGGGAACAGGGGGGGCACAGCCAAGGCCAAAGAGGGGACCCUGGAUCUCACCCUCAUCCUCAUCAUCGCCCUGGGCUCCGUCUCUUUCAUAUUCCUGUUGGUCAUGAUCGUGCUGGCCGUGCGCUGCCAGAAGGAUAAAAAGCUCAACCUCUACAGCUGCCUGACCAGCGAGUGCUGCCUGGGAUGCAGCUCUUGUUGCUCCCGACAGGCCCGGGCCCGCAAGAAAAAGCUCACCAAGUCAGAUAUCAUGCUGGUGCAAAGCGCCGGUAACGUCAGCGGGGCCGGUACGGCUCAAGUCCCCGUGGAGGAGUCAGGUAGCUUCGGCUCUCACCAUCAAAAUCAGAACUAUUGCUACCAGGUAUGUCUGACUCCAGAGUCUGCCAAAACCGACCUCAUGUUCCUAAAGCCGUGUAGUCCGUCUAGGAGCACCGACACCGAACACAACCCGUGCGGGGCCGUAGUGACAGGGUACACAGACCAGCAGCCAGAUAUCAUAUCAAACGGCAGCAUUUUAUCAAACGAGGUAAGAGUUUAA